AUGUGCUCAAUUGAUUUGGCGGGCUCAAUUGUUCGUUUUUACGACCCACCUAUUGGCUAUAUCUCGUCAAAUGUCUCUGGAGACUACAGCGGAUCUAGUAGCCACAGAUCUUACUCGUCCCCCUCGUCCUCCUCCUCCAACCGCGUGAGCAAGAGCAGCAGCUCCCGCAGCUCCUACAGCUCCAGCAGUCGACUGACUGUGUACACUGACGGAGCCUGCAGCAACAACCAGUCGUCCAACGCCAGGGCUAGCGUCGGGGUGUACUUCAGCGCCGGAAAAUCCGAUGACGUCAGCCGACCUGUUGCCGGAAGCCAACAAUCAACUAACGGGCUGAACUGGAGGCCGUCCACGACAGUUUCCAAGGUGCACAGCCGAAACGACAGCAAGAACUACGAUAUCAAGACGGGCUCGCAGUACACCGUCAACUCUCUCAACAAUUGGGGAGACAAAUGGCAGAGCAACGGCUCGGUAACGUCCAAUAACGAGCCUGUCAAAACUCAGAGACAUCAUCAUUGA